AUGGGUCACCUGCCGCCAUUACCUGCGACUCCUCGGAUGCUUCCACCAGUGCCGUCUCUAUGUAAUCCCAAACACUCUCUGAUCCGACGCGUAACUAAUGUUGCUAUUCUCGAACAGGAAGAGUCACUAGUAACCACUAUUGAGGCCAUGUUGCUGAGAACGCAGCUGUUUUGGGCAGAACACGUCUCCGGGGUGGAGGAUCAUCGUUUUACUAAAAUGUGCUUUGUGAUGAAUUCGCUACCGGUUUCCGCAGAACAGCCCCAAACAGUAGAUAUAAUGACUCCCUGA